AUGGCUGCAAAUGCGGUGUCCCGUCGGGAUGAAGACGAGGUUUGCCCCGUCUGCAAGUCCUCGCGAUAUCUCAACCCGGACAUGCGGUUCUUGAUCAACCCGGAAUGCUACCAUAAGAUGUGCGAAUCAUGCGUGGACCGGAUCUUCUCCUCUGGUCCAGCCAACUGCCCAGUAGCCGGCUGUCGAAAGACGCUGCGCAAGAACCGUUUCCGCACACAGACCUUCGAAGACAUCAAUGUGGAACGCGAAGUAGAUAUCCGUCGGCGCGUGAUGCAAAUUCUUAACCGCCGCGAAGAAGAGUUCGACACAAAACGCAACUACGACGACUUCCUCGAACAAAGAGAAGAAAUAAUUGCAAAUCUAGUCAGCCGCAUCGACGUCUCCAAAACAGAGGCACAACUCCAGAAAUACGCCUCAGAGAACAUGGCAUCUAUCCGCGCAAACCAAACACUCGAACAAGAAGAAGCAACCUCCUUCCAAGCCCGUAUAAACCUCGAACAAGAACAAGCCCGAAUCCGCCGACAGGCCGCACGCCAAGAAUACGAGAUCGAGCGCCGCGAAGUACAAGCCGGGCGCGAAGAUUUCCUCACCCGACUUGCCUCAGGCACAUCAACAGAUGCAGCAGCAAUUGCACGCGAAGGCCACAAGGUCCUGCUAAAGAAGUCCUCUGCGCGGCGCAGUGAAGAAGACCGAAUUCGACAGAAGCAAGCUGCGCUACGCUCUGAGCCCACGCGUGCUGCGGGUGUGUCGUCUGGUGCGGAUACGGGUCUUGUUAAGGGUCUGCGGAAGAUCAAGACGCCUGAGCCGGAGAAGCCCUAUGAUCCGUUCAUGGGCUAUGUGCCUGAGAAGAGAGACUACUACUCUUUGCAGGACUCUUAUCCUUCGCAGUUCUUGGAUAAUUAUCGCAAUAAUAUCAGUGUGCUGGCUGGUGGGUAUGAUUUGCGGGAGUAUUACUCUCGUACGCUGCUUGAGGCUUUUGCGGGGUUGAGUUGCUUUGUUGAUGAGGAGGUCUCGCAGCGUGAUGCUGCUCGUGUGUCGGCGCCGGUGGCGACUGAGGGUGCUGCUAUUGCUGCGGGUCAGAGUGGCGAGGGUUCCGCGUGA